AUGGAGAAUAUUCCGCAGGAUAAUUAUACAUUAGUCGAACCAGAUGAAGUUCGAAUAUACGAACCUAUCGGUUCGGGGAGCUUCGGCUCCGUUUUUCGCGGCGAAUUCAAAAACAUGGAAAUUGCGGUGAAAAAGCUCCCGAGCAAAGAGAAAGAAGCGAGCAUUCUAGCGAUGCUCAAUCACCCAAAUAUUAUCGAAUUCUACGGCGCUUGUGAACAACCGGGCAAUUACAGUAUCUUGAUUGAAUUCGCGCGUUAUGGAAGUUUGUACAGCUUUCUACAGACGAAAGAAGCAGCCAAGUUGGAUUUCGAGCAAAUGAUCCGAUGGGCCUUGGACAUUGCGCGAGGCGUGAACUAUCUUCACAAUGAAGCUCCUUGCAAAGUCAUCCAUCGAGAUCUCAAAUCGAAAAACGUUGUAAUUGUCGGCGACGACUACACUUUGAAAUUAUGCGAUUUCGGCGCCUCCAGAUAUUUAACUCAAACGGCGACGAUGACCAUGGUGGGAACAUUUCCAUGGAUGGCGCCUGAAUUAAUUCAAGGAAAGAAAUCGAACGAUUUGUGCGACGUCUACUCUUUUGGCGUUCUUUUAUGGGAGAUGCUGACAAGAGAAGUGCCGUUCAAAGGCAUGGAAGGUUUUCAAGUCGCUUGGAUGGUCGUGGAAAAGCGUCAACGACCGGUUUUACCUGACAAGGCGCCAGAAGAAAUCAAGCAGCUUAUCAAUACUUGCUGGGCGCACGAUCCAAAGGAUAGAAAAGACUUUCGGGCAAUCAUUUUGGACCUUGAAAAAAUGGAGCUCGAUCAAGAACUUAUGGACGAAACCAACUCAUUUAUGGGCAACAAAGAAGAUUGGGAGGAAGAAUACGAGGACCUCGUGGAAAGCAUGCGUACGGAGCAGCAUUCCUCGAUAAAAGAGCGAGAGGAAGAGCUCGAAAAGAAGGAGAAGAAGAUGAAAGAGUGGGAAGAUGCUCAACGAGAAGCUUCAAAGAACCACGGAUUGAUCAAUAUCGGCCAAAUUGAAGAAACUUCGUUCAAUCGAAAAUUCAAGUUUUCGGGAAAAGGCGAGGGUGCCGCAGAAUCAAUCAGAGGCAUGCUUGAGGCAGUUUCAGGCAGGAAUCUUUCGAAUCAAAACUUGAAAGCACUCACGCGUGGCAGUUCCGGAAGCUCACUUGUGGCUCUUGACGACAAGUACAGCUCAAAUACGUCGCUUUCAUCGAACUCGUCAACGCCGGGAACCGUUCAGCCUGGUCUAGGGUAUCGACACAAGCGAUCUGUUGGAACUCCCCCAGCCGAUAAAUAUCCAUUCUCUCCUCUCCUUUCAAAACACAUGGUUCAAUACAGCCCAAAGAAGCUUUCUUGUCCAAAAAUAGAAGGCGAGGCUGAGUUUGGAGGCUCAACGAGAAAGACUUCGCUUGGAAUUCUCGGAAACACUCAGACUGGAGAAAACCAAGCUGUGAUGUUGCCGAAAGAAAUCGAAGAAAUUCUUCAAGCACAAAGCAUGGGAAAUGGAAAACCCUUCUGCAAGUUUUCUAGGCAAACGAGUACUUCUAAUGAGACGAUAUCUUACAAUGAAGCUCGCGCAAUAAUCAAGGGUCCAGAAGGGACUGAACCCCGCGUGAUCGAGAACGCUUCAGGAGAUUAUUCCAAAAGUCAAUCACAUGACAAUCUGACCCUGUUAGGGAAAGAUGCUGCUGUCUCGAGAGGGCUAAAUAUGUUGACGAAUAUGUCACCUUGUUCUUCCACUGCCAACAUGACACAGUUCAAUACAGUCUCCUGCAAUUCUCCGGAAAUCUUUCAACCAGGCUAUUCUCCAAACGAAGAGCGUCUCCAACAGAAAGUCGGCCUUCUUCAACAACAAGUCCGUCUACUCGAACAAGAACUGAAAAAUAUACUCAACAAGCCAAAACGCGGGGUCAGAGUCCAGGUCAACUGCGGUCCCAUCACACGUGACAAGGGUUCACAAACAGACUUCUUCAUAAGUCCAACAGAAUCGUACAGAAGCUCGACGAUCGGAGGAUCACCACCUGACAGUUUCAAAUCGAACAUAAGCAAUGGUAGCUUUGGCAGUGGGCGUAGUACAAUUUGCCCAUCUGGCGAUUUAUCAGACCACGAUGUGAUUCUGGAGAGACAUUCCAUUGCGUCUAUACAAUCUGAAGAUGACCCUAAUCAAGGAUCUUGCGAGACUUCGUCUAUGUCAACAUCAGCGUCUACGUCGAUCCCAACUACUCCAAGCUCUUCUCAGCCAGAUGAGAUUCUGCCUAGUCCGUCUGGAUAUGAAUCUGGAGGGGAUUCAGAGUAUUCACAACGAAUAUCACAUAAGAGACGGACGAAUUGCCGCCCAGGACACGAUGGAACUGGCUAUUCAGACAUUCGGCUCAUGUCCGACGACUCGGAUUCAGAAGCAGUUUCGCGCGUUCACCAGAGACACUCUUGCGACAACCCUGUCGGCUAUCGGAAGCCCGCUCAUGAGUCCAGGUUAGAAAUGAUCAGACGAACGUCUCUAGAAGAACGCCGCCCGCUAAGUUCGAGAAUCACACCACCAAGUACGGUUUCGCCGCGCUUCCAACGAAAAGUCAACAAAAUCUCUUCAUCGUCUGGAAGAUCAUCGAGUUCAUUACAUCUUGAUGUUGAUGACACUCGCUUACGAAAGUCAUCAUCAGGAAACUCGCUGAAUUCGUCGCAGCCUCCACAGCUAACCUCUCUCGGUAGAAUAAGACCGGAAUCGGCGGAUAAGGCGAGACGAAAUAUCAGUGCUCCACAACUACAGUUGAUUGAAGAUAGAGCUCAUUUGACGAAGAACCAGCCACACCAUCAGCCAAUGCUCGAUCUAAACGAAACAAAGAACAUAUCUCUAAAUCAGAAGUUUGUCUCGAGUGCGGAAAUAGGGAAUGUGGGCCAUCGAGGCAUCAGCCGCCUCCCCUCUGACCCUUCCAACCGCCCUAAGUCAGGGAUGAGCGGCCGCCACUCACUCGAUCACUACAGUAAUCUUCCUACAUCGCCACGCUCAGCAGGCCCGAUGAGCAACUCUGAAAAUAAAUUCACAUUCGGUCUUUCGCCAAGGCCAAAACCUAAAAUUGAGCACUGCCGACAAGCUACUUCCUUCGAUACUGCUUCGCAAUAUAGCUCCGAUCAAGACGAUGUCCGUUCCGAAUGCUCCGAUAGCCCGUAUUACCACGUUUCUUCCUACCAUGUCCCGUCACAGCAGCGUCGAAAGCAUUCGCGACCUCACGAUCAGGCGGCGCCAAACUUUGAAGCUCUUCAUAACAGUUCCAUUCUCUUAAAAGGCCCCGGCAGAACUUCAAUCCAAACAAGACACGGAGCCCCAGAAACACAGCCUGUAAGCCGCUCUCGUCCAGGAUCAAACCUCCGACUUGACAUCUCAAAAACGAUCAAAAAAUUUCAACAACAAUAA